AUCGAUUAUGACUCUUUCUUGUUUCGCUCAAUUAAAGAUCUGGAGAAAUCUGUGGUUUAGAUAGAUCUAGACUAGAUGUGUCCAAAGUUCUCUUACUCUAAAACAGGUAGAUCUAGACUAGAGCUAGAUCUCAAAGCACAAUUACAAGAAAAGCAUGGCAGAGCAUGGUGCCCACCUUACAUCCACUGUUGAAAAUGAUCAGAGGCCAAACAUAUUUGAAGUUCUUGCACAGCAGAGUUUGAUGUCGACAGUACGACCUGCUUUCAAACAUGCCUUACGGGUAUUUACAGAGAAAUAUCCACAACAACUUGGAAAGCUCUAUCAGUAUUAUGAUGAGAUAUAUUUAGUUUUGGACACUCUUAUAGAAGCAUAUUAUCUCAAAAAAUAUGGAGGGUCCUUUGCAGAAAACUUUUAUGAAAUGAAAAGAGUCCCUUCUGGUCAGCCUGAAGCUGCUAGUCUUACAGUAAAACUCAGAUUACGGUCUUUAUUGUGUUUGACUCUACUGCCCUAUGUCUUUCAAAAGCUUGAAAGUUUCUUCGAAGAGUUGAAAUAUAAACAUGGCAACACCAGCAGCAAGUUGGCAUUCUUGAAGAAAAAUCUAACAGUCAAACAGAGGUUGGUCUACUUUUACCUGUCUAUCUACCCUUAUGUUCACACCACCUGGGAGGCUCUCUCAUUGAUAUAUAUGCUUGCCUAUAUGUUACAAAGGAGUCGAUGGCACCAUCCCAGCAUGCAUCUGUCUGGCACUGAACUGAGUCGACUGGAUAGUGAUGACAUGCCAGGGUCCACAUUUAAAUCACAAAUACCAUGGUCUCAACUUAGUUUCCCUGGCAAACUUGCCCAGUUGACCACUUGGUUGACCAACAGCACUGCCUUGUGCUUGUCCACAAGUCUGUCAGUUGGUAUCUUCUUCCUCCAGUUCUUAGAAUGGUGGUAUGAGAGUGACAGCAGUGCCCCAUCACUGACUGCUUUACCAGUUCCCUCCCCUCCUAAGACCACUAAUCUCCAUGGUGUGCGUCCCAAUGUUUGUCCACUGUGUAUGCAGAUAAGGACCAACAGUACAGCGCUGUCAGUAUCAGGGUAUGUGUUCUGUUUCCCUUGUAUAAUGAGUCACAUUGGCCAGAAACACUGUUGUCCAGUUACUGGCUACCCAGCCAAUGAGGAUCAUUUGAUCAAACUCUAUGAAGAUGAUACAUAGGACACAGUCAAGGAUCUUCAUUGCCCAAGUCUGUGAUAUCAUCACUAGUUUUGUUAUUGUGAUUUAAUACAUUUAGGACAAGCAACUCAACGAAGUUCUACCAUAAAUAUAAGGUGUAUUUAUUAAUAAGGGGCAACAAGACACAGACAAGGCACUUCAGCCCUUCUAUACACAAGGAGUCUUCUCUCUAGUUCUAGCAGUCAUUUUCACAUCAAAACAUAUUACGGACCAACGACAGCCUUCCCUGUGUCGCUCCAGGUCCAUACAGCAGUCUUCAGAGAGUACAAAGGAUGACACCUUAGUUGCAAAUAACUCUGACUCUUUCCACUCAAGAGAGAUUGAUGUAAACAUGCUUUCUUUUCAUCCAGUGUCUUCAUGUCCUAUGUUCAAUAGUUUGCUCAUAUGCACCACAACGCUGGUGCAAGGCAGUGUACAACAGUAGCAUUUAUUUCAGAUUUAAUUUCUUACUAACUUUAGUUGAUUCAGUUUUGAUUUUAUAUUUCAUAUAUAUUGCAUGUUUUCAUGCUACAGCUUAGUAACUGUGCACUUGUUCAAUCCAUUUAAUGCACACAAUGUGGAGGUUAUGAAGUUAUGUUUGAGAAGAUUUCCUUGCUGCCUUCGACUGUUCAGUAAACACAACUAUCAGCUUAUGUCCAAUUAACAAUUCCUGGUCUACAUCAAGAUUCACUUUUGAGGCCCCUUAUUUGGUAACCCAUCAGUUUAUACUACUCAUCCCAUUCUUAGGGUGAAGCAGGACAUUUUGGCACAGCUGUUUUGGUGCAUGGGACGUUUUGGCGUGAAAUGUUUUGGUCACAUUAUUUAUGUUUAUUGUAUUAUUUCUUUAAAAAGAAUGCUACGUAUCUUAUGUUUUGUACGUGUUUUUGGGACUAAUGUAUUUUUCAUGUACUGGUAUUAAACAAAAGAUAAUUUUGUCCAGUAUUUUUUUUUAUAUUUAACUAUGUUAUUAUUGUUAAAUCACUCAAAUUAUAAUGUGAGUCUGGGUUUUAAUAUUGUUCAAAUCAAAAUAAAGCAAUGAUAGAAAAAGUUUAUGAAAUUUUUAGUGGAAACGCAAAGGAUUUGUUUAACUAAUAGUACUUCCAAGUAUAUAAAAGAAGACUGAUGAAUGUCAUCCUUUGUGUUUCACACACCUAACCUGUAAUUUAUGGGAGUUGGGGAAGCAGGCUAAUCUCAUUUUCCCAGGUAGAAAUCUGACCUUUCAUAGUUCAUGUUUUACAUGCUUUGAAUGUUCCUCAGAAUUAAUCAUGUUGAGGAUUGUGGCAGGCAGGGUUUGAACCUGGGACUAUCAUGCCACAACAUCACUUACUGUUCUUAGGGUAAUCUAAUGCUUGUUAAAUAUUUAAAUAAUCUGUGUGUGUUUUUUAGUUACUUUGAAGAUGAGGCAACAGAUUAUUUAAUCAUUAGUCAUUAUGUUUUUGUCUUUUCUGCCACUUAUUAGCAGGGAAAGUUAGUCUUCUUUUUGUCUAAAGCAAUAAAACAUUACAGAUGUUUUUUUAAAAAAGAAGAUAAUUAUAUUCUGUUUCCAUGUGUUAAGACCAGCUUGUUGACCAGCAUGUUUAAUACGCUUGAUUAAAUUUGUUGAAUACUAGUUGUGUGUGAGAACAUCUUGAAAUCUUGUUUCUAAUCAGACAUGUUAAAAUUCCGAACUAUGUUAAUGUUUUUUGGAACAGUAAAUCUAUGUUUUAUACGCAAUGAU